AUGAAAAAUAAGAAGAUCGUUAAGAAAGGGAACAACUUAUCGGCCUGGGUGAUCGGGUGUGUUGUGAGCCCGCAGUGCCCUGUCGUGUGUGUGUGUGUGACCUGCAAAGAGGGUCAGUACAACCUCUGCGAACACAUGUUAUGUCACGCGACUCCACCACAACACGGCUCACUCACCCAACUCUUCAUACAUCCCAAAGACUUUACGUUCAAAUUGCCCGACAAUCUCACUGACGAAGAGGGAGCUAUGAUUGAGCCGUUGUCGGUGUCCGUAUACGCCGUCCAAAGAUCUGGUGUUACGGCGGGCUCGUCGGUGAUGGUCACCGGUUGCGGACCAAUCGGUUUCUUCCAGACAAUGGUCUCGAAAGCGGUUUUGGUUUUGGACACGAACUGCAAUCGUUUAAAACUGGCCAAAAGUAUUGGCGCCGACGAAGUGAUUCAAGUGGAUAGGGAUAUGACUGAAGAUAAUUUAGUUUAA